AUGGCAGUCGAAAAGACUCCCAGUAUCAGUCAUGUCGAAGACGAAGUCUCAUCCGACUCAAAAGAAUGGAGUCACGUCCAGGGCCAGCAGGGCGCUGACAUUGAUCGAAACAUGACCCUCUGGGAAGCUAUCAAGGCUUACCCAGGCGCCAUUACCUGGUCAUUCCUACUUUCGUCGUCCAUCAUCAUGGAAGGCUAUGAUAUCGUUCUCAUCGGCAAUCUCAUGGCUCAACCUGCCUUUCAGAGAAAGUACGGAGACUGGUAUGGUGACAAGCUCGGCUAUCAGAUCUCUGGACCAUGGCAAUCUGGUCUUGGCAACGCCACGGCUAUUGGAACCAUCAUUGGCGCUUUUGCCAACGGUUGGCUUACUCAACGUUUCGGUUACCGGCAAACACUGGUUGCGUCACUUCUAGCUAUCACGGGCUUCAUCUUCCUCACCUUUUUCGCUCACAACCUUCCCAUGCUCCUCGUUGGUUCUACUCUCUGCGGUCUACCCUGGGGUGUCUUUGCAACAAUGGCUCCAGCUUAUGCCUCCGAGAUCUGUCCCAUGGCUCUUCGAGGCUAUCUCGCCAACUACGUUUGUCUAUGCUGGGCUCUCGGUCAACUUCUCGCCGCCGGCGUUCUGUUCAGUUUCUCCGAUAAUGCUACCGAGUGGGCAUACCGCAUCCCCUUUGCAAUUCAAUGGAUCUGGCCUAUCCCUCUUCUGAUUAUUCUGUGGUUCACUCCCGAAUCGCCCUACUGGCUUGCACGAAAGAACCGACUCGAAGACGCCAAGAAGGUCCUACGAAGAAUCUCUGCCAAGAGCAGCAAGUCCGAUGAGGAUCUCGAUAAGCAACUUGCCAUGAUCGUGCACACCAACAAGAUCGAGAGCGAACAUAGCACCGGAUCUAGCUACCUCGACUGUUUCAAGGGUAUCAAUCUUCGUCGAACUGAGAUUGUCAGUCUCGUAUUCGUCGCGCAGAACACCACUGGUGUUGGUAUCGGUGGCACGCCAACCUACUUCUUCGUCCAAGCCGGUGUCGAUGCCAAGAACUCUUUCAAGUUCGCAACAGGCGCUCUUGGUCUCGCUUCCGUCGGUGUCAUUAUAUCAUGGGCUCUUAUCUACCGCAUUGGUCGCCGAACCUUGUACGUCUGGGCCUGUGGUGUAUGCACAGUUCUCAUGCUUCUCAUUGGUAUCCUCGCCAGUGUUCCCCAAAGCCAGUCCGUGAGCUUUGGACAAGCGGGUAUCGUGUUGAUAUGGGAGAUUGUCUUCUAUGCAACUAUCGGCCCUGUCUGCUACGCGAUCAUUGGCGAGAUUCCAGCUGUUAAUGUCCGUAGCAAGAGUAUUUGUCUUGCUCGUAUCGCGUACUACAUCUCGCAGAUCCUCAACAAUACUUAUGGACCUUAUAUGAUCAACCCCACUGAGGGUGAUUGGAAGGGCAAAGUUGGCUACUUUUGGGCCGGUCUUUCUUUGCUGACCUUUGUCUGGGCUUACUUCCGUCUUCCUGAAACCAAGGACCGAUCGUUUGAGGAGAUCGACAUUCUUUUCGCCAACAAGACUUCUGCUAGGAAGUUUGCUGAGACCAAAGUCGAUGCUUAUGCUGAAGACUCCGAGGCUCGUAUCAUCAAGGAGGUUGGAGUUUGA